AUGUCAAGCAGUAAUGAAGAGUUAUCGAGGUCGACGUCUAAUUCAGUGAGGUCUUCAAUGAGUGUGGAAACCACAGUGACGAAGUUGUUGAUGUCCACUAAGCAUUUGUUGCAGGUUCUAACUCAGUGGUCCAAAGGUGCAGCUACGGGGAAGAUGGUUUCUGAUGCUUACGUUCAGCUGGGGAAUGAUUUCAAACUGGUCACAAAGUUCUUUACUCAUUCAGAUAUCGAUGUGUCAGAUCUAGGAGAUGUUCCCAUGGAGCUACGUAAAGUACUAGAAGUGACUCUAAGAGAACCAGCUUCUGAUGACACUCUGAAUAAAUUUCUUCCUAGUAUAAGGACAAUUAUUGUCAGCCUCUUGGACAGGCUAAAAGUAAAGCAAGCUGAGUUGAAAAUUUUGAAACAAGAACACCGUGCAUUUAGGAAUAGCCAUAAGCAAAAAUCAUCUGUAUCUACGGUGACUAUUUCGCCUACCUCAUCUAUAUCGCAGCAAAAACCUUCCAAUGUAACGGGCUCGAACGAUCAAAUACAAAAAGGUAGUAAAAAGGAUACUAUUGAAAAUGAACAGCCGACUAACGGAUCGCAAGAUACUGAGAAUCAGGAUAACAGAGGCUCUAAAGAUGAAGAUGCUUUAGCACAACUUAAAAAGGGAACCAAUUUAGAGAGACGAGCAUCAAAAAGAUACUCAGCAUAUCAUAUGGCAAGAUUGACAAAUCAGUCCACAACCGAGGCCGCAGCUGCGGCUGCUGUAGCUGCAGCCUCAGUUCCAUCAUCAGUAUCAAGUACAUUGUUGCAAGUACCAAAGGACGACUUUAAGACAUCGGUGGACUCCAACACAGAAAAGAAAGCUGCAGCUGGCAAUGAUGCCAUGGAACAGGAAGACACUUACACCCUGUUUUUAAGUUUGUAUGACAAAACUAAACGCUGUCACAUCCCAAAAAUAACCACAAUGAAUGGGUUACGUCUUUUAUUUGUUGAGUUAUUUGCAUAUUCUCCUGGAGGUGAUACUUUCCCUGACAUCUAUGUACGUGACCCCAAUUAUUCGGUCUUCUACGAACUAGAUGAACAUAGCAUAUCUAACUUAAAAGAUGGCUCUAUUUUGAAGCUUCGCUUGGAAUCUGAGUCUACUUCAGCAAAGGAUACAAUAUCAGGUAUAUCGAAAAUUAUAAAAGAGGAAAUUAUGAAGUCACAGAACGAAAUUUUAAAUAACCUGAAAAGUUAUAACGCAUUUCCAGCUAUAGCACCUGCUCUUUCAAUAGAAAGAACACCCUCUAAUGGAUCUGCUGCAAGCAGUGGUACUUUGAAAAAUGUCAAGCAUGAACUUGCAAUAAUCAAGCAGUUACAAAAAGAUAAUAAAAGCGAAAUGGAGAAGGUAGUGCAAAAUAUCAUAGGUAAAAUUAACAAAUUCAAAGAAACCCCAGUCGUUUCCGCUACUGGUUCAGCAAAGGCAUAUAUGGAGAAGUCUCAGUCCGAACUUGGUCAAGUUUCAGAUGGUUUAUUGAGUCGGGUUGACGAUUUACAGGAUAUCAUUGAAAUUCUUAGAAAAGAUGUAGCGGAACGUGGUGCCAGACCUUCAAAGAAGAAACUAGAAUCCCUAGCAAAAGAUUUGAAAAAGGCAGAAGUAGAUUUGAAUAAAAUGCAGCAAUUCAUUGAUACUGAAAAGCCGCAGUGGAAAAGAAUUUGGGAAGCUGAGCUUGACAAAGUCUGUGAAGAACAGCAGUUCUUGACAUUACAAGAAGAUCUUAUUAUGGAUCUUAACGAAGAUCUGAACAAGGCACAAGAAACAUAUAAUUUGAUUGACCUAUGUUUCCAAGAGCAAGAGAAGAAUCCCCAAAAAGUAAAAGUAAAUCCAAUUUUGCCUAUUCUGAAACCAGGAACAUUUGGUCAAGUAAGAGAGCAAGUUAUGUUAGCGGUCCAAUCCAUUAAUCCAAAUUAUGAUAGUAGAAUAGAUGCGCUGGAGAAGGCAGAGAAACUGUGGGAAAAAGAAAAGCAAUAUAAAGAAGAUACUGCAUUUCGUGAUGAAUUAGGACGUUUUGUGGAAAGUUCAAGUUUGAAGAAGUCAGGCGGGGUAGAGGAGAUUGAAAAGGUUAGGAAACAAAAGGAUGAGGAAAACCUCCGUGCAGUCUUUGGUACAAACAUUUAG